GUUCGCCGUCUAUCUCUGCGCGAUGUGAGUGAAUUACGGACGUUGUUCGAUGUAACCUUGUGCUGUAUAGCUCGAUUAUUGUUCAACAAUUGUUCACUGUGACAUAUCGGAAAUUCGCUGCAAUGGAAAUUUUGAAAGCGAUUCGGAAUAGGUCAAAGAGUGGAUCUGUGAGUCAGCCGCCAGAACGACUUCUGGAAAGCUGGGAAGAGGAUGAUGAAGCCAUACGUGAAGGAGUACCAUUUUUUGUGAAAUACCUCGGCAGCGUUCUAGUGAAUUGUCCUUUCGGCGAUGAAGUUUCAUCUGAUGCUGUGAAGAACGUUGUUUGCAUGGCAAAGGCAAGCGGCAAACAAAAACUUGAACGGGUUGAAGUCACAGCCGAAGCUAUUGCGUUAACAGUCGCGAAAGCUUUCAAUCUUGCGUUUGAAAUUUGGGAGGCCUCUCGUUCUUCAAACCACUCGAAGUCUAAAGUGGAAGACCAUGAAGAAAAAUCUACUGAAGGAAUUUCGGAAAAGCAGGAUUCUUUAGAGGGAAUAUUAGAUUUUGGACUUGGUUCCAGAGGAGAAGCGGUAACGAAACUUCAGGCAACCGCAAGCAAGUGCGAUCUGAUCAGCUGGUCGAGUGUUGCUGCAUUCGACGACGACGUCACGACGCUGCAUAAGAAUUUCAGUCGCAUCGCGGACACUCCGAGGCAUCCUCUACGUGAGGCCAAAGACAUCACGAGAAAAGUAUCUGCCGUCAAUUUGAAGAGACUUGCAGCAGCUGAGCCUCUUGCAGGCCGAGCUGAAAGCCCAACGUUGCAGGAUGAUGACGUUUUCUACAACAGAGAGCGCCAUGAUAGUGCCAAUCUUACUAUCAACAGUCCGACUUCGGUGAAACGAAGAUCAUCAUUCAAUCACCAACGACAUCAUCACAAUAAUCAAGCCGGACUGAAGUUUGCUUCGAGUCCUGGAGCGUCCAACACCAGGGGUAUGCGUCCCCUUCCAGAACCUGUACCGAUGAAAGACCUCAUCCAAAUGCUUGUUGUCGUGGCUUGCAAGAAAGUUAUAUUUUUGGAUGUGCGCAUUAGAAUUUGCAUAUACCUUGCGUUCACGUUCCUCCUGUCUAUUUUCGCCGACGCCGCACCGUUCCCGAAGACUUACUUCUCAGACUCCAAAAAUGGGCUGAAUUACUUAUUUACCUCGUUUGGAUGGGGAUGGACUCUGUUGACGACUGGAGCUUUGGUUUGGGUGGUUGAAAUUGUGAGACAUUGCGGUGACACGAGGAAAGUGGUUACUUUCCACUUGACGAGACUUGUUGUCGCUACCUUGAUGUGGUGGGCUUGGACGACUGCGUUCGUUGUCCUAGAGAAAUCGACGGGAUCGUGUUUGGUUGGAGGUGCUGCACAAGUAGGCUUCGGGAAACGAAGCUGUCGCGACUCCGGAGGACGAUGGCGUUCAAAAGAAGAUUAUUUUCGGCUAAAUCAGUCAGUGGCAGUCAUCACAGGAAAACCUGAGAACCAGUCAGAUGACGAAACCUACUUGAAGGAUCUGACACCGAUGCAAUUCGAAACUUUAAAACAUUAUUACUUCAAGUUCGCAGUUGCUGCGCGUGCGGCCUUCUUUGUCAUGACUCUGCUGUCACUCACACACGAUGUGCUCUUGUUAGCCACGCUCAUUUACUUUCACGUCAUGACGGAGAAGCUUUUGGCUGCCGCCAUUGCGAUUUGCAUGUGGUUCGUCUUGUAUAGGAUUUGGUUUGUGAUUGCUCCCUUUCCGCUUCAGCCCGGAGCAGGCGGAUGUUUCAAGUUUGAUGUCAAGCACAAGGGAAAAACCGUCCCCCGGAAGCGAGACGAGGGUCGCACGGGCAGGCGGGCAUCGUUGAUCACGCCGGACGAUGACGGGGAAUUGAGACGUUGAUCCACAAGCGUAACGAUCAUUUGUAUGGUGUGUUUGAUGAGCGAUAUGUUCAUUCGUCUUGGUGGGCAUUCAUUGACAUUGAAAUAGUUAUUUUUCACCUCAGGAAAGUCGGAUAUUAGCGUGUGUUCAGUUUGAUCAAGCCAAACCAAGUAAUCAUGUUUUUUGGCUCAUUAUUCUCAGCAGCAUGAGCACAAAAUCUAAUGCAAAGCCAAAUUUACAGUAUCAUCCAUUAUUUUUUUAGCCUACCCGUUGUUUUUUUUUUUUAUGGUCUACGAGACAUGACUUAGUUACCGAAGUAAUGAUCAGUGCUUAAUUGUGCCCUGGGGAAUGGGUGUUCUUCCAAAUUGAGGUCUUAUUGCCGAAAAAAGGUGACAGCGACAGAAGUAUUCCCCGCUUCAGCUCAGUCGCUUUAAUAAUGUACAGUUUUUAAAUCAAAUACACAAGUACAUUUUUUUUUAUUAUAGAUUUAUUUGUUUUCGGAAGUAUGAGAACAAGAAAUAAUGACAAAACAAUUUAUCUUCCUUUUUUUUAAACCUAUCUCUUGUUUUUGUUGAAAAUCUACCACCAUUGUUGAAGUAUUCUGACCGAAUAUACCGUCAGGAGUUCUGCGAGAUUCCUGAGUAAUGAUCAGUGCGUACUUCGUGUAACUUUUCCGGGGUGUACGGUGUACUUAUUGCCGAAAAAGGUUGCCGGCGGGAAAAAUAUUCCCCCUCUUCAGCUUAGUACAUGUUUUCAAUUGCGAGCAGUCGAAAUAAUGGUCUUAGAGAACAUGAGUUCUCUGAUUCAUGAAAGCAUUCAUUUGAUAAUCUCGGAGUGUACAUUAAAAAUGGGUUUCUGUGGACAUACAUUAAAAAACCCGUGAUAGCUACGGCUUAUGAGCUCUAUUUUGAGCAGUGGCCAGUGGUUGAUGGAGGUUGUGUGAUAUGCUCGUCAGAUUUUUCGCUGAAUGAAGAUCUGAAAUGAUAUUGCCAGAUACAGUUGACAGGGGCUCAUCCUCACGCUCUAAAAAUCCAAUUGGAGAAUUUCUGAAAAUGUGCCACAAUUACUGUAUUAAAAAAUGCAUGUUGAACAGCGUACUUGAAUUUUAAGUUGUUCCUGUGGUUAGUGUGGUUGAGUAAGGAGGUUGUUCGGGCGGUGAGAGCCUAUUUCAUUAGCACUUUUUCCCGUCCAACGGUCCAUCAAACCCCUUAUUCGUUUAAUGUGAAACCUGUGAAAGAAAUGUGAUCGCCGCGAUGGUGGUGCGUGUGAAAAUCGACCAUGCUUCCAAAUUUUGCUGAGAAAAAGUUUUUCAGUCAAUAGGAAAACAUCCUCGUUCAUUUGAUUUUCGGAAUUAUGAUUCCGGUGGGUGCGGAUUUUUCGUACACUGUAGACGUUUCGCGAAGUGAAAAAGGCAACCAUCGAUUUCCCUCCGUUUCUUAAUGUUUGAAACUUCUUAACUUCGUCUGGGUGUUUUUGUCGCGUCGUCCCUCUUUUUUGUUAUGAAUGAAAAAUUUACGGGAGUUGCACAAGUGUGUUCUCCUUCUCCAUACAUCGGCUGAGUUAUUUUUUUUAUGUCGAUGUGUUAUUCGUUCAUUCUGCUUCCCAAAUGUUUAGGACUGUGAUAGCUACGACAUGUAGCUCUUAUCUCAUGAUAUUCAUGAUAUUGGGUGAAUUUUUUUCGGUGAAUCUUCCUAUUUUGUAAAUUAUUCACCGAUCUUCAAGAAUCGAUGUUUGCACGAAGUAGGUUCCUUCUUCUCACGAGAAGAUGGCUGCCGACUUUAAAACUUCCUGUCACUUCUGAAAUAACGUGCCAUGGACCUCCUGCGUUGAAAACGCACGAUGGUGAUCAAUUCACUAACCAUGCCCACGGAAAAGAUUUUCUUUGGAGUACCGCGAUCGUUGCAUUUUUCGGCUUUUUUGAAAAGCAUGACAAGGAUGAAAGCGAGCUUGUCAAGCAGAUUAAACUUGGAGUUUUAGCUAUGCAGGUGAGGAUAGUUAUUGUACAAUCGUCAUUGAAAAAUCAUUCGCGCUUCUGCCAUAACUUUCCAUUUGAAGCUUAUUCCUUGUGUUAUACAGUAUUGCACAAUACUGGUGUUGGUCUCCAAGUAAUUUUAGCUUUACUCACCUUGGUUGCAAUUUUCACUAUUGAAAUUAUACUUAUUUUUGUGUGUCUGAAACUGUUAAAAAGGAGUGUUCCGGGGAAUAGCUAGGAUUUUGGAAUGAAUUGGUAAUUCUGUUUUACUGUCAGCCACGAAUUCAUGUUAUUUCCUUGGACACCUGUGUGAAAGAUGCAUUCAACUGCUUAGUCCUCCGUGGUGUAGCUAUGAGAGCAUGAAUAGCUAAAUAACGCGACCAUGCACAAGAAAAAUUAAAAAACCGUAAGUGACAAAUUUCUAAAAUGUAAGCUACAUGCAUGCAACAUUUUGCUGUGAUCGCACAUGACAUGGCGAUCUACUGAUCAGGUUAUGGCAACGGAGCGAAUGAUUCUUCGCUCAUUUUUGUUAAUCACUGAAAAACCUGUUCCCAGCGAGACGAGUUGGACAAAGCGGAACGAUUAUUCCACGUAGCUUUAAAAACGGCCCAAGAUUUGCAGGAAGACGACGGGAUUACAUAUGUGUACGAUAUGCUAGCCAAUGUAGCAUUUCAAAAGGGAGAUUAUAAGAAGUCCGAAAAGCUGUUCACGGAAGUCCUCAAUAGGGCAUUGCACAAAAAAAAGCUUCCAGAAGACCACAAUGCCGUAAUUGAUAUUAGUUUGAAAUUGGCGAUGUGCUUCCAGCAUCAAAAUGACAGGAAGAAAGCCGAAAUUGGGUACAUGUAUUGUUUGGAGAAACAAGAGAAAAAGCUGGAGAAACGGGGCAUGGAUGUAUCCAAUGAUACGAAGUUGCUAUGGGCAAAGGCUUCCAAUUGGUACGCCCAUUUCCUGAUGGAGGAAGAAAGGUUUGCAGAAGCUGAAACACGAUUCCGAGCGGCUUUGUAUGUGAGCGAGGAAGUUAACGGGAAUGACGAUCCUCAAACUCUCGUCGUUAUGAACGAUCUUUCGGCCGCCCUUCAUCUGCUCGAAAAAGACGAAGAAGCAAUCGAAUUGCUUCGUCAGGCGAUUGCUAUGGGGAAGAAAUUAUCUGUGCCUGAGUUGGCGACAUAUUACGUGAAUCUUGGAGCGAUUCAACUGCACCAGAACUUGUAUCAUUUAGCAGAACAGGCGUGCCGCAGUGGAUACAACGUUGCCCAGAAGUUUCAAAAUUCUGAAGCGGAAAAAGAAGCGUUGACUUGCCUCGAAAAUGUUCGGUUGCUGAAAGAGUCUGAAGGACAAGAUCGGAAACGCGCUUGAAUGGCAGGCACAAAUUAAAGAUGUUGUGACCUGGCGGAUUAACAAUUUUCAUUAGCGAAAGUAUACCUGAAAUGUACUCGGAAAAUAUAUCUUUUUGACUGAUCAUGCAGGCCUAGAUGUGAUUUUUUGGAUUCGAAAUGAAUCGGACUCGUUUUUUGUUCCGGAUA